UACAGUAUUUACUAUUAAAUAAUAAAGAUUAAAGUAAAACUCCUAUAGAGUGCCUAUUGUAUUAUUAAUAAUAAUUAAUUAGGCCUAUUAUUUUGAAUUAAAUACCCAAAUUAGUAUUAACAUUUAGACUAGGAUCUACAAGAUUUUAAAACAACAACAAAAAAAAAAAAUGGGCGCAUUGUUUAGCUUUAGCAAAGACAAUAAUAGAAGAAUACUUAUUCAGGGUCUGGACGCUGCAGGCAAGACUUCGCUGUUGUACAAGCUAAAGCUUGGAGAGGUUGUUACAACAAUACCCACAAUUGGUUUUAAUGUGGAGACACUCAACUGGAGAGGAGUUUCACUUGUAGCAUGGGACCUGGGUGGCAGAGAUAAAAUACGUCCCCUCUAUCGUCAUUACUACGCCAACACAGAUGCUGUCAUCUACAUGAUUGACAGCAAGGACAGAGAAAGAUUAGAUGAUGCUAUAGACGAGCUAAUGCAGAAUGUCUUAACUCAGCCAGAUGAUUUGAAUGACACUGUGGUCAUGGUUCUGGCCAACAAACAAGAUCUACCCAAUGCACUUUCCUCACAGGAAAUUGAAGAUCGGCUGAAGGAAAAAUGUCCUCGUUGCAGACAGACAAUAUUUGUGUUGCCGUGUUCAGUAACCACCAAUGCUGGUGUACAUGAAGCUUUUGAUGAAUUUGUUAAACAAAUCAAAUUAAUGAAAGCUGGGAAGGCAGAGAGGAGUUUCAUUGAUGUGCACAAAUCUAUGGAGGAAGAUAAAAACUGUUCAAAGGGAGGGAAUUCAUUAAAUUCUAUCUGGCCUGGUUAUUUCAAGAGUUACCUUUCUUACUUCAAGCAGAUUCUCUCCAGUGAGAAACAAAAAAAUAAUUCUGUAAAGAUGAGUGCUGGCAGGUCAGCAGAACCAGUGGACACUGUGACGUCAUCAAACACAGGAAAUUCGCAGCAAAUGGUCAGCACUGACACCCAGCUCACCAAUGCCCAACAGGUAGGCCUACAACCUACUGACCAGUCUCAGCCUGUGUUAGACUCACACAAUAAAAGAGCUGACCUACACAAGUUAUCUGGUGACCUUAAGCUCACCAAUUACGACCAGCUUGAACUCCAUUCUACCAGGACCCUGAGCUAAGUCUCUAAGACCUUGACUGCCCACACAAGCACAGCCAACCUACUGCAACAUUUCUUGGUUAAAUUUACAUUUGAAGCUCCUGUUUCACUGAAAUCAUUAGCAGUAUAAAAACAUACAUAGGGUUUACAUAGAACAAGUGAAUAGUACACAUAAAAUUUAGGUCCAAAAGAAAUGUAAACAAUGUUUUUUGUAUGGGACAGCAUGACCUAGCGGUAUACUUGCUAGACGUCUAACCUGAAAGUCUUGAGUUUGAAUCCUGGUUCAUCAAUAGAAUGUUCCUGAGUCCACACAACUCUGAUGGGUACUUAACUCACAUUAGGGAACAUAAAGGCAGUUGGGCAUAGUGCUGACUACACUAUCCCUUUGUAUGCCAAGGUCUAUAAAACACAUGAACUCUACUUCAUCUGCUGAUGUGAAAAUGUUUUUUUUUGUAUUUAUGUAUUUAUAUGUUUUGUAUUAUGUGUAAUUUCAAUAAGGAUAUUAUAUUAAAGUUUGAUAUGGGGUUGUAUCAGUGCCAUUUACCGUAAUGUAAAUUGUGAUUUUUGCACAAA